UAUAUUAUUUUUCCCCUCCUAAAUCUCUCCAUUGCUAUCUCUCUUCUUCGCAAUCUUCUCUCAUUAAACCAAUCCUCAACAAGUCAUCAAGAUGUUCGCUGCUAAUAGCCCAGAACUUCCCCAAAAGUCCCUCCAAAUAAAGCAGGAUGAUAAGUUCUUUUCCAGGCUUCUAUCCAAGGAAAAAAGCUCCAACAUGGCUAGCCCUUCUUUUAGAGUCUACUAUGGUGGUGUCUCUGGUUCAGUCCCAUUCGUGUGGGAGUCUCAGCCUGGUACUCCUAAACAUGCACUUUCUGACACUUCUCUCCCUCCUCUCACUCCUCCACCCUCCUACUACUCCCAAAACCCUAAACAACACACAAAGAAACACUCAAGAUCCAAACUUUUAAACACUUUAUUUUUGAGGAUCAAUCUCAAAAAACCCUCCACGCGAUCGCCACCGCCAUCUUCUUCACCAUCUUUGUCAUCGUUGUCGUGGUCGGCGUCAUCGCAUUCCUCGUUGUCUGUUCCAGUGACACCCUCCAAUAAAUUCCAUGGGCGAAGAAGCCAGUUUUCAAGUGCGGGUUCAAUGUCAUUUGAUGAGAGGGAAGAUGAGGAAGAAGUGUCCAUCGGAUCGCCUAAUUCAACUCUUUGUUUUGGUAUUGGUAGAGAAGUCAGUGGCGAUGGGCUUCGAAGUGGUGGAUAUUCAGUUAUGAUCAUGAAGAAAGCUUUGAUGGCUAUGGUUGGUCGUAAAUCUGGCUAAGGUAUUGUAAACUUAGUUAGAGAUCUCUCAUUUGUUGUUUGUGUUUAUGUUUGAGAGAAGUUAUUGGUUAGUAAUUUUCUAGUUCAUGUGUAUGGUAGUAACCUCAACUACCAAAACUAGCAAAUAUAUAUAAUGUUCAUGUUUGGUGUUACUAAGCUGUUGUUGAUCCAAAGGGAUGACUUAAAUAUUGCAAAUCAUCUUGUUAAGUACUACCAUUUGUAUUCUUCUUCUUCCA